AUGAUGACAACUGCAGAACAACAAUUGCACAACGGCAACAAGAUACCUGUUCUAGGCUUAGGAACCUACAGAAUGAAGACCGUGGAGGAACUUCGCCCUGUUGUUUAUGAAGCCAUCCGUUCAGGCUAUCGCUUAAUAGAUUCAGCAACUGUUUAUAGAAAUGAAGAAGCACUAGGGCAGAUCUUGACAGAGAUAUUCAAAGAUCCCAGCUUUGGUGUACAAAGAAAAGACCUGUUCAUCACCUCAAAAUUAUCUCCCCAAAACCAAGGAUUUGAUGCCUGUUAUCAGGCUGUCAAUGACUCUCUUGAAAGAUUCGGCUUGGAUUACUUUGAUUUGUACUUGAUUCACUGGCCUGGCACAUCGAAAAAGAAGCUAUCAGAUCCCAUCAACCAGGAGAACCGCACAAAUAGCUACAAAGCAUUGGAGAAGUUGUAUUCAGAGGGAAAGGUGAAGCAGAUUGGCAUCUCAAAUUACACAGAAAAGCAUUUAAGCCACCUGUUGAGUGUGUGCACUGUCAUCCCACACGUACAUCAAUUCGAACUUCAUCCCUGUUUGCAUCAGCCUGAUAUUUUAGACAUUUGUCAAAAAAACAAUAUCCAAAUCCAAGCCUACUCAAGCUUGGGCGAAGGUUCUCUUAUCAAUGGCGAUGUAAAGAUAGAGUGCUUGCAAGAGAUUGCUCAAAGGCUCAGUAUCUCCAAAGCAUUGGUACUAUUGCGCUGGGCUGUUCAGCAUGGAUGGGUUAUUAUACCUAAAUCAAAGACCACUGCCAGAAUACAAGAGAAUGCCAGUGUGUUUUCAUUCGAAAUCUCCAAGGACGAUAUGGCCUUGUUGGAUAAUAUCCAUACAUAUGAACCUCAUCGCUUCUGCUGGAAUCCCUCUGAUGUUUGUUAA